ACACCACGUCAAUUGUAGGCGGUUAAAAGCCUCCCGCGUCUGUUAGCUCAGAAACUAUUAGCUAGUUAUAAACGCGUACCUGCUUUGUGGGAGAUAAAAAGCCUAACGAUGUAACCCCUUAGUCGGUUUAAGCUUUAUAAUGAUGGACUCCAUGUCAUCAGCCCUGCACUCGGCUUCCAGCCCAGCAUGCAGAGCUCUACCCGGGGAGGGAAGUCAGGUUCAGCCCAAGGCUCCCCUCCUGCAGAUUCUUCGGGUAGCUGGAGCUCAGGAGGAGGUUUUCACCUUGAAGAUGGUAAUGCACUACCUUGGGCAGUACAUUAUUGUGAAGGAAUUAUAUGACAAGCAGAGGCAGCACAUAGUCCAUUGUCAAGAUGAUCCGCUUGGGGAGCUAUUGGAAGUUGAAAGCUUUUCUGUCAAAAGCCCCAGCCCUGUCUACGAGAUGCUGAAGAAGAACUUGCUCAUUUUGAAUGGCUCAGACGCGGCAAAGAAUGUUUCAGUCGGCAAGGAUUCUAAUCAGUCUCCAUGUGAAGAUCCCGGUCAGGUGUCAAGUAAGAUGUGUAGUUCUGGAGCAUCUUUCAGUGAUGCCAGCACCUGUGGCAUGCAGAAUUCAUCACAGCGUAGACCACGGGAUGAAGAUGACGACUCAUUAGAUGGGAUGCCCAGGUCAGCCUGUAAGCGGCCAAAGCUGGAUGUGAGUCUUGAUGAAUGGGAUCUGUCCGGCCUGCCCUGGUGGUUUUUGGGCAACCUGCGCAGUAAUUACACCCGCAGGAGCAAUGGCUCCACAGACAUCCACACAAAUCAACAGCUCUCUUGUGGACAGGAGGAGGACACUGCUGUUGUGUCCGACACAACGGACGACCUGUGGUUUCUGAACGAGGCGGAGAGUGAGCAGGUUAGUGUGGAGAUGAAGGAGGCGGCGCUCGAGCAGGGCAGCGACUCGGAGUCCCCUCAGGAAGAAGAGGAGCAAGUGGGUGACAGCAAAGAGGAUAAGGAGAUGCAGGAAGAGCUGGAUGAUGACUCUCAGUGUCUCAGUGAUGAUACAGACACCGAAAUUUCCACACAGGACGCCUGGCAGUGUUUAGAGUGCCGCAAGUUUAAUUCGGCCACACAGCGUUACUGCAUGCGUUGCUGGGCGCUGCGCAAAAACUGGUUCAAAGACUGUACCCGCCUUGCACACUCCAUCUCAGUCUCCAACCUCCCAGAUCCCAAAGACGAUAUCGAGGAUGAGGAUGAUGGCAUCGAUGUGCCUGACUGCCCAAGAACCGUUUCGGACCCCGUCAUCCUGCCCUCACACUGGCUAUCGCGUGAUUUACCUGGCUCGCCCGUAUCUGCCAAGGGCAAAGCUCCGCGCCGGGUGCUUCAGAGUUCCCAGGAAAGCCAAGAAGGGCGUGAAGUUUUGCUGGAACCCUGCAGGCUGUGCCGCGUGCGCCCACGUGACGGCAACAUCAUCCACGGGCGCACAGCGCACAUGCUCACCUGCUUUCCCUGCGCACGUAAACUGCACAAGUGCCACGCGCCGUGCCCUGGCUGUGGCCAGAUCAUCCAGAAAGUCAUCAAGAUGUUUGUGGCCUGACAGCCAAAGUAGUGGUUUGUAUAGAAAAUACACAUGUGUAGAGAGUGUAUAGAGGCCUCCAUACCCUAACAAGCAAAAAACAGGUUGCAUGUAAAAAAAAAAUAAUAUAUAGCAUCAAAUUAAUAAUUUGCAUGUGAAAUAUACAUAUUUAAGUUGUACAAAGUGCAUAGAGUGCAGGUGUAAAAUCCUAGGAAUUAACAAUGUGUAAUAUGUAAAUAGGCUCUUUUUCUAUCUGCAUUGUGUGUAUAUAAUGUACUGAACAAGGUUACUAUUGGCGAACAUGAAUAUGUAAAGCUGGUAUUUUCCAUGUGUUAUGGAAGGAUGUGUAUAUAUUCCCAUCCAGGGGAAGGAGGUAGCAAGCAAAUCACGGCCUGGUACUUCCUGUCAUGGUAAAAGCAUCGCACCAAGGAAACCAAUUCUUGCAUUGCAAAAUGCUUUUAGUAGCUCAUCAAAACUCAAAUACCUGAAAAACCUUUGCACAAAAGCUCAGCCCCUGCCACCACAAUGUAAACUAAGAAUUGACCAGCCUUUGGGUUUUAAGCUGAGAAUUGUCUCUAUUAUUUAUGAAACUAAUCUCCCCGUUACAUGGGGUUGUCUUUUUUUGUUUGUGAUAGUUACACCAGCUCUGCAUGUUAAUUGUGAGCAAACCACAAUUGUAUUCAUUUACUUUUUAUUUUUUAAAUGGUUGGGUUUUUUGCAGAGAACGAUGGAACCGAAAGUAGCACUUUGUACAGAAGUCUUUUGAAUAUAUGGAAUAUCUGUGAGCUAUACAUGUGUGCAAAUAUCUAACAGCCUGUGCUUCAUUGUUCUGAGAUGACUAGCCGGCAAAGCUUGACGUUUCCUCAAAAUUUCGAUUUUUAAGGUCAAGCAGGCCAAGAGGUUUUAGUUCUGCUCCAGUGUUCCGGUGAAGAAUCUAUUCCUUUUCUCUUUUUUUUUUUUUUUUUUUUUUUUUUUUUGGGGUCAUCAACCUCAUCGCCUGAGUUGGAGCUUCAUCAAAGAACAGAAGAUCUCUUGAGUGCCAUUAAGGCCUCUUUUCCCCCCCUCUAUUACACUGUGCCUUUAUGCCUUCUUUCUUGUCCACUAUCUCUUGUAGCCUGUGUAGGGUGUACAAAGAAAAAAAAAGCUGACGCUGAUAACUUCUUACAAAUUUGUGCCAAAUGUCUUUUGUUCUUUAGAAAACUGUUUUACACCUUUUUGUUCCUUGUAUUUAUAACUUGAGUUAGAGCUGUUGCUGUUUUCUUAAAAAAAAAAAGCACUUCUUUUUAUUCAGUUGCUCCUGUGCUUAUUUCUUUCACAGGUUCCUAAAUGGUUUGUUUUGUCGCUUGUUUAUUUUAACUUUUUUUGUGCUUUGCCUUUUGAGAAAGCUUUGAUUUGAUUGCUCAUCACACUAGGCUUUAACCGCUAUAAAAAUGCUUGCUGUGAUCGGUUUAUCUUGCCACUAGAGGGCGAUAGAUGUCAGAUUUUCUAUAAAUAUGAAUAACUUUGAACAGAAUGCUUUCCGCCUUUUCUGUGGCUGUAAAAGCACAUUUCCAGUCCCUUGCACAUUAUUACGAAUGAUGUAUUUUGCUCAUUAUGCUGUGUGGUAUUCAAGGUUUUAAAAAACUGAAAAGAGCUGAAGUCACUGCCAUAAUUAUUUGAAGUUUAUAUAUUUUUGUUUUGUCUGUCUCCGAACAAGUUCUGCUUACGAACGGAUUUCCUGUUUACAAGCAACUUUUGUUUUUUAAGUUGAAUAAACCGUGCAACUAAUUUAUAAA